AAUGAGCAGCUCUCAUGGGAAAGAACAGGCUGUAUCCUGUUCUUAUUAAAGAUCCAUGGUGUGUACGCUGUGUGCAGGUGGAGGCCCAGAUUUCGGACGCGGUGUCCCGGGGGGCGAAGGUUCUGCGGGGGGGGAAGCGUCUGGACGGCUCCUUCGUGCAGCCCACGCUCCUCACUGACGUCUCCACAGACAUGAUCUGCACCCGGGAGGAGACCUUCGGCCCGCUGCUGCCCGUCAUCAGGUUUGACACAGAGGAGGAAGCUCUGGCCAUCGCUAACGCUUCUAAUGUCGGGCUGGCAGGGUACUUCUUCUCGCAGGACGUGAGUCAGAUCUGGCGCGUGGCGGAGGCGUUGGAGGUGGGGAUGGUGGGAGUGAACGAAGGCCUCCUGUCCACCCCGGAGGCCACGUUCGGGGGGGUCAAACAGUCCGGGUUGGGCCGCGAAGGCUCCAAAUACGGCGUGGACGAGUAUCUGGAGGUCAAGUACAUGUGCUUCGGAGGCCUCAAGCUCUGAAGGGAGGCAGCAGGGAAAUACAAUCAAAGUAUAAGUGCAGUAAGGUCAUACCUGUAGAUCUCAGGUUCUUAAAUUAACUUAACGUACCUAUGACCAAUACAUCUAAAAUAACCCCUUUUUAAAUUUGAGCUUCUUGACUACCUUUUUAAGAACUUGAAGUAAAUAAUUAUGUGUUCACUAAUCGGAAAAUAGCUCGUUAGGAAAGGAACGUUUUUUGUCUUUCGGGCAGCGAUUUGAUUUCGUCAGCUAUAUUGAUUUCCUAGGUUUUAGUCUUUCUGAUUCAAAUCACAAAAAAGUCACUCAAAUCAGUUUUUUGAAAAGCAAAACAUGUUUUUACAACCUGUAUGCUGACCUUGAGAUAUGCAGUCUACCGUUACAUCCCGUGACCUGAGGGGAAUACUCUCCUCUGAUUGGCUAGAGUUGCUGCCUCUGUAAAUCUUUCCAGUUUAGCCCAGAUUACAA